GGGCGGACGCAGUGCAGUAAGAGCAGAUGGGCGGACCCAAAUUUCUUCUGCUUCACGAUUUUGCGGAGGUCCAGCCCUGCAUCCAGCCUUGAAACACAGGGUGGGGAGGAGGCGGAAAGGGGAGGGACUGUACUCCCUCUGAGCGUGCUAGCCCCGAUUGCCUGACGGAUCACCCUUCCGCUCCAACACCGCUAGUUCCUCAACGCAGUGACUCAAGCCUAUUGUGCCAGGCGGGGCGCACUCAGCAGCACAGCCCCACAGGUGGCGACGGCUCGGUGAGAGGGUUCCCGCCAGGCUAGGCAGUGGAGUGCCGCACAGCGCGCCUUCCCGCCUCGCAGCCGCCACCCUAGCGGUUCCGACCCGGCGCCAGCAGGCCUGCUUGGUCGAUCUUCGAGCCAAAGAUGCGGCGAGGCUGGAAGAUGGCUCUGUCUGGGGGGCUGCGGUGCUGCCGCCGGGUACUGUCCUGGGUGCCAGUGCUCGUUAUUGUCCUCGUCGUGCUCUGGUCCUACUAUGCCUACGUCUUUGAACUCUGCCUGGUUAUUUACCUCAUACUCUACCAUGCCAUCUUUGUGUUCUUUACCUGGACCUACUGGAAGUCUAUCUUUACACUCCCACAGCAGCCAAACCAGAAGUUCCACUUGUCCUACACAGACAAGGAGCGCUAUGAAAAUGAAGAGAGACCUGAGGUCCAGAAGCAGAUGCUUGUUGAUAUGGCCAAAAAGCUACCGGUUUACACAAGAACUGGAAGUGGAGGUCAGUUCAUCCAAAGGCAGCUAGAGAGGCAGCUCAGCAAGUAUCUCAGAAAGGCUAAGUCAUAUAUGUUCUCAAACUAGCCCCUUUUUUAUCCUCCCGUCUUCUGAAAACCACUAUGGAGAUUUUUCUCUACAUUUUAUUUUUUUAAAAUUUUAAACACAUAUCAAAGCUGGAAGAAUUAUAUAGUAAACACCUGUAUACCCCAAACUGGAUUCUACUGCUAACAUUUUUCUAUGUUGCUUUAUCACAUAUCUGUCCGCAUAUGCAUAUCUCUAUCUUUCAUCAAACCAUCUUAUUUUUCAGAUGCAUUUCAAAGUAAAUAGCUGACAUCAGUAAGAUAUAUACCUAAAUAUUUUAUUCUGUUUUGGUAAAAUGUACGUACAAACACAUGCAUAAUCUUAAGUGUACAAUUCUAUGUGUUUUGAAAACCCUGCACAUCUGUGUAACUAAACCCCCAAUAAAAUUGCCAUCACCUCAGAAA